AUGAUAAGUAAACGAUAUCUUUUUUUAUUUUUAAUAACCUUCAAGAUAAUACUAAGUCGAGAAAAAAUAUUCAAUAAAAAUGAAAAUGAAUUAAAACGCGUGGACAAUGGUCGUUUGUCCAAGGAUAUUGUACCAAAAAAAUAUAUCAUAGCAGCAUCACCGGAUUUUAUUGAGGACAGAUUUUAUGGUGCUAUACAAAUUGAUUUACGAAUAAUGAAGAUUAAAAAUUAUAUAGCAUUACAUUCAAAGAAUUUAACUAUUACAUCAACUAAAUUGUAUAAAAUUGAUCAGCCUUAUAACGAAAUUUCAAUCGAUGCUAUUUAUCCUAUCGAAGAGUAUGAAAUGAUAGUGAUCGAAACUACAAAUCCUUUAUCACCUGAUAAUUAUCUUCUGAGAAUGAAUUACAGUGGUACAUUGAACAAUAAAAUUAAUGGCUUUUAUUUGAGCAGUUACGUGUAUUCUUCUUUCUUUGUUUUUUUUUUGUUGUUGUUGCCGUCUUAUUUAUCUCACAGAAAAUUGGCGGUCACACAAUUCGAGCCAACUUAUGCAAGAAGAGCUUUUCCUUGUUUUGAUGAGCCAUCUUUUAAAUCUAUUUUUCAUAUUCGUAUCGUUCACGAUGGAAAAUCAAAUUAUCAUGCUUUAUCUAACAUGCCAAGUAUAAAAGUCGAUAAAGCAGAUGAUAAAAGUGAUUUGAUGGUAACAAUUUUUGCUCCAACUCUACCGAUGUCGACAUACUUGGUGGCUUUUCUGAUAAGUGAUUUCGAAUGUUUAACUUCAAGCGCAGAUUCUUUAAAUGGAACUAGAAUACCACUAAGUGUUUGCGUUAGAUCGGAUUACAAAAAUAAAGUUCAAUUUGCUUUGAAUAUUGCUUCACAAGCUAUCGAAUAUUAUUCGAAUAUUUUGAACAUCGAUUAUGCUCUACCAAAAUUAGAUCUCGUUGGAAUACCGGAUUUUGCAGCUGGUGCAAUGGAAAAUUGGGGUUUGAUAACGUUUCGUGAAACCGAAUUGUUAUACAGCGAGGAACAUAGUUCCUGUGAAAAUAUAAAAAGCGUUGCUCUCACGGUUACCCAUGAAUUAGCACACAUGUGGUUUGGAAAUUUAGUUACUAUGAAAUGGUGGAACGAUCUUUGGCUCAACGAAGGCUUCGCAACAUACAUGGAACAUGUUGCAGUCGAUUUUAUUUUUCCCGAGUGGUAUCAGAUGCAAACAUUUCCAGUGAAUACCAAAUAUACGUCAAUGAACUACGACAUGAAAAAAAACGCACAUCCAAUAAUAAAUCAUUUGGAAGCUUCCGACGAGAUAGGCCAAAUGUUUGAUCGUAUUUCUUAUCAAAAAUUCAAUCAGAGUGCUGCAGUGAUAAACAUGUUAGAAAACGCAAUAGGAAACGUUAAAUUCAUUUCUGGAAUUAGAAAUUAUUUACAAAAGUAUCAAUUUUCUAAUGCUGAAUCAAAAGAACUUUUUGAACUUUUUAACGAGGAAAAUCACGAUUUCGUUAACCUAAUCGAUGUUUUAAACCGAUGGACGAGAUUAACUGGAUUUCCUGUUGUUAAUGUACAGCAGAAAGACAAAUUAAUCAAAUUAUCUCAGCAACGAUACGUCAUUGAUAAAACACAAAAUGAUUCAUUCAAGGAAAGCUGGGAUAUUCCUUUAAAAUACAUAACGAGUCGACAAGAAGAUGGUAUCAAGUUUGCUUGGUUCCCAGCAAAUUAUUCUUGCGAUAUACGUGCAGUUGAAUUGGUCCUAGAAAAACCAAUAAAUUGGGUUAAAUUGAAUCAUAAUUCGGUUGGUUAUUACAUUGUUAAUUACACAAAGGAUAAUUGGAAAAUGUUCACUAAUUUGUUAUUGACGGAUAUUCAAGUAAAGUUCACACACACAGUUCUGGAUCCAAUAAAUCGUGCCGAUUUGUUGCACGAUGCAUUUAUUUUAGGUGAUAAUAAAGAUCUGUCUUAUCAUAUUGUUUUGAACAUGACCACUUAUCUAAAAAACGAAAAUACUAUUCAACCUUGGAUAGUUGCUGGUCAAUGGAUCAAUCGAGUUAACAAAUUACUUCGGUCAACUAAUUUGCAUCGUCCAUUUCAAGUACAAUUUUAUUUAUUAAAUUUUAUUAUAUAUUACAUACGUACGUGGGUCGAAAAGUUUUAAGCCUGACAUACAAGCAAUUUUUUUUUUUUUAUCGAGCUCACUUUUUUAUUUUUCGACAUGAUCUCAAAACUUUUAGAAAAAA